AUGGAUGCGAAAGGUUAUCUGAAUGUCAAUGACUUACGGAAAAUUUGGGAGGAAGAAUUUUUGCCUAGUAUUAAGCGUGAAUUGAAAAGCGAAUUCGAAGCACUCAGAACAAGCAUUAAGACCUUGACAGCACGUGUUGACGGGAUAGAGAAAUCUCAGUCCUUUAUAUCGGAAAAGUACGAGCCUGUUUUAAAAACGCUCAAGUCAUUGAACCAAACGACAAACACGCUGGGGAAAAAGGAUGCUGAGAUGACAAAGAUCGCCGAAAGCUUGGCCGAGCGAGCUAACCGUGUGGAGCCGGCAGUCUACAGAAUUGAAUGUGCAAUCGAUGAAGUCCAACAAUACUCUCGAAGAGACUGUCUGAAAAUAACGGGCAUUCCAAUACGGCCGGAGAAAAAUCCAAAGCAGCUUAUCAAAGAGAUUUAUACUUUAAUCGAUGUAAAUGUUGAAGACGCUCACCUAGCAGCAGCUCACCGGCUUCCUGACAUCAAGAAUGUGAAGCAUCGGUUGAUUGUCAAGUUUGUACAUAGAGAUAAAAGAGAAGAAAUGUACAAGAAACGCAGGAAUCUAAUUGGAAAGAAUAUUAGCAACUUGCCCUCCGUACAAGCCACAAUGGGUCUCGCUGCUACAAGCAACAAUAAAAUCCACAUCAAUGAAUCUCUCACAGGUUAUCGCAAACAACUCUUUGGCCGUAUCAAUGACUUCAAGCGAAAGAAUAACUACAAAUACCUAUGGACUGCAAAUGGGAAGAUCAUGCUGAAGGCUCAAGAUUCUUCACAAACCAAAUCUUUUGUUACACAUGAGGAAUUUGAAGACUACAUCGAACAGAUAAGCAAUAACUCGUAAUUCUUUUUUUCUUCCCUACACUUGUGUGCCCUAUAAUAAUAUUUAACCUACAGACACAUACAUAUUCAACCUCAAUCAUCCCCAAAAUAGCCUGCAAGCUUUACCUUUUGAUGACCUGGAUGACAGAGAAUUUCAUAUUCUAGAUGGAUCCUGUCACUUGCAGAUAGAUAAUUUAAAAGAUUUAGAUUUAUAUAAUUUGUCUCACAAGUUUCCCCAGUGUAUAAGGGUGGUGAUGCUACAGACCCUAGCAACUAUCGGCCCAUAGCAACUCUCUCACCUUUUAGUAAAGUGCUCGAGCGUCUAGUCUAUAAUCAGUUAUAUUCGUUCAUAGAUAAACAUCAAAUCUUGUACAAAUAUCAGUUUGGAUUUAGGAAAGGAUAUUCCACUGAACAAGCUAUUCUUGAAAUUAUUGACAACCUGAAGCUAGCUACUGACAAAGGUCAAAUAACAUGUGGUUUAUUUCUCGACCUAUCAAAGGCAUUUGACACAGUAAAUCAUGAAAUACUGCUCUCUAAACUAUAUCUGUAUGGAAUUCGGGGUACACCACAUAAUUGGUUUGAAAGUUAUUUGCACAAUCGAAGACAAUAUGUUAAAAUUGACUCUACUAAAUCUAGCUAUGCGGAGCUUUGCUGACGACACCAAUUUAUUUUACUCCAGCGCCAACUUAAAACAGCUUGAAUCCGUAAUGAAUCAAGAGCCUAAACAAAUUUAUAACUACUGUGCUCUAAAUAAGUUAUCUAUUAACACUGCAAAGACCAAUUACAUGUUAGUCUCAUCAUCUAGAUGCCACCCAAAGAUAAAUAUCACUGGUAUUGAACAGAAAGAUUACAUAAAGUACUUGGGAGUUUAUAUAUUAGAUAAACAUCUCAAUUGGCAACCACAGAUACAACAUGUAAAUAAUAAAUUAGCUAAAAAUUUAGGAAUCCUUUCAAAACUAAGAUAUUACAUAGAUCUGAAUAUACUGAAACACAUUUAUUAUGCUUUAAUAUAUCCCUAUUUGAGUUACGGUAUUCUUGCUUGGGGCUGUGCCAGCAAAACCAGAUUAGAUUGUCUUCGUAUUAAACGUAAUAAAUGUCUCCGCACCAUCUUCUUUGUGCAUCCUAGAGAGAGUGCUGCUCCCUAUUUCAAACUCCUAACAAUCCUUAAAUUAGAUAAUAUAUAUAAAUUAAAAAUAUGUUGCUUUAUACAUAGAAUGAGAAAUGAGACUGAUAGCAUUCCAGAUAUUUUCCUUGAUGUCCUGACUCCAGCAUCGCGUAUACACAACCAUAAUACAAGAUUUGUUAGUAAUCUGAACUAUUUUAGGCCAAGAGUAUCCACCAACUUAGGUAAGACGUCCUUUAAAUUCUCCGCUCCAAAAAUCUGGGAGACUGUACUGCCUGGCCUCAAGUGUCUGCCAUAUCAUAAGUUUAAGAAAGAAUGGAAGUCCUGUCUUCUAACCAACCAAAUCUGA